AUGGCGCUGCGUCGACCCCAUCGCAAAUCCCGCCACGGCUGUCUGGAAUGCAAGCGGCGACGAGUCAAGUGUGAUGAAACCCGGCCGAUUUGCUCCAACUGUGCCAAACGCCAUUCGGAGUGCGAGUAUGGCUCGUCGAGCUCGCUCCUCUGGGCAAAUGAAGAGCCCCCGUUGCGACACGCAUCGCGGGCAUCUGGGUCCGACAGCGGGCACCCUGGAGAUUCCGCAGUUAGCAGUCCCCCCGCGAGUGACUCGCUCGGCAUUCUCGGCCGGCUCAGUGGAGAGGGCUCGACGACUGCCCUCGCGGCGCUCAAUGUCCAUGAUCUGGAACUGAUGAUGCAGUGGUGCAACUCCACGUACUGCACGCUCUCCCGCGACGAGCGGACGGAAUCUGUAUGGCGGAGCUCCGUGCCGGAAGAGGCUCUUUCGCACCCCUUCCUGAUGCAUGGCAUUCUGGCAUUGUCUGCUCUCCAUCUGGCUCGAACGGUCCUGGAGUCUUCCCGCCGGACAGCGUAUCUGAACCGGGCCGUGGCACACCAGAACCAGGCCCUCGCCCUCUUCCGGGAGCUCCUCGGUGAUAUCAAUGACGCCAAUGCCAAAGCCAUGUUCGCCUUUGCCAGCAUCGUCGUCGUGUACACGUUCGGCUUCCCCAAUACUCCUGACCCGCAAGACCCCUGGACCUGUGUGGACGACCUGUACCAGGUGCUGGUCCUGGCUCGCGGCGUGCAGCAAGUGAUCCGGUCCCCCUCCCAAGUUAUUAGCCACAGCAAUUUCGCACCCAUCUUGCAGGUGGAGGAGGCCAGCGCCCCCCUCUCAGAAGGUGCCACGGCCGCGAUUAACAACCUCCAUGAAACAAACGAGAUCUGCGGCGCCCGGGAUUCUCACCACGAAACCGAGGUGUACACAUCGGCCAUCGACAACAUGGCCGACAUGCUCAGCUGGGUGUACGGGGGCAUGACCAGCAGCGUCAUUGCCGGCCGGUGGGCCAUCAGACUGCCGGCACGCUUUCUCGAAUUGUUGCGCGAGCGUGAACCCCUGGCUCUCGUCAUGCUAGCGCACUAUGGCGUGCUCCUCCGGUAUCUCGAACACCGCUGGUGCUUUAAUGAAUGGUGCGAGCGGGUCGCCAAAGCCGUGUGGGCGAUCUUGGACGAUCAGUGGAGGCCAUUGGUCCACUGGGCCAUGACAGAAAUUCUCGGGGACCACUACCGAGACCAGAUCCAUAUCUUUUGA